AUGUCUGUCUCUCAUAGAGAUACACGAAGUACUAUCUUGUUCGAUUCUUCAAAAGAGCAAGAUAUUAAUGAUGACUGCUCAGUUUCGUCUGAGCUUGAUAAUUUAAGUGACCAAGAGGGAGAGGACCGACAAACUUUUAUUCAAAAUAACGAACGUCAAAGUGAUGCUUUCGAUUUCGAUGACCAUCUUAUACCAUUAGCCCUAACAGAGACACGAAGGCAUCCUACUCAUUUAGAGAAAGAAGUUACAUUUUAUAAUGGUCUUAAUCUAGUAAUCGGUUCAAUAAUUGGAUCUGGUAUUUUUGCUUCUCCGG